GCGCCGCGUGUAUAUAAGGUGUGCAUCUGCUGAUGCUACCGGCCGGUGUGCCUCCUGAAAGAACCAAGUGAAAGACGUAUAGUACUCGUAAGUAGCAGACCACAGCGCACGUACGUACGUAGGCCGUGAAUUAAAGAGCACAUGGCGAACGCGGCGAUGAAGCCGGUGGCCGGCCUCCUCCUGGUGCUCAACUUCUGCAUGUACCUCAUCGUGGCCGCCAUCGGUGGCUGGGCCAUCAAUCACGCCAUCAACUACGGCUUCUUCAUUGGUUCCGGGCUGGAGCUGCCGGCGCACUUCUCUCCGAUCUACUUCCCCAUGGGGAACGCGGCGACCGGGUUCUUCGUCAUCUUCGCGGUGAUCGCUAGCGUGGUCGGCAUGGCGGCGGCGCUCGCGGGGUUCCAUCAUGUCAGGGCGUGGAGCCACGAGAGCAUGCCCGCGGCAGCCUCCUCCGGCUUCAUUGCCUGGUUGCUCACACUGCUUGCCAUGGGGUUGGCCGUUAAGGAGAUUGACCUGCACGGCAGGAAUGCCAGAUUGAUAACCAUGGAGGCUUUCACCAUCAUACUGUCGGCGACGCAGCUCUUCUACAUACUCGCCAUUCACGGCGGGAACUGAUCGGAUCGAUAAUAGGAGAGGGAGCACGUAUAUGCGAAAACAAAAGUGUGAUGAUUCAAGGUCGACAGAUCAACUUGGCGAUCGAGCAUAUUGGUUUACGCUCGGGUUUCAUAUAGCCUUUGAUGUCCUCCGGUUAAUUUGUAUCAUCGUUUGGUUAAUUUCCGAGAUCGAGCGGCUCUGUGCUGUGCAUGUGUGUGUGUUUAUGCAGUGGGCGUGUCCGGGGGGCGUGUGUGUCUGUCCGGAUUUCCGUGUGUGAUCUUAUAUUCGUUUGAUUAUUGUAGUAUGUGAUUGACCUUACUUAGUAUGUGAUUGACCUUACGGUUA